AUGCGGAUUAACCGGCAGACGGCCGUCAGCCGGUGCCGGCUGUCAACUCUGACGGUGCGAGCCGCGUCUGACGGUCAAGCGGCAGCGGAGACGGCUGAACCACAGUCGGCGUCGUUCGAUGCGUCGCUCGUGAGCAAGAACAGCGUCGUGGUGCCUGACUCGGAGCUGAGCAUCACCAAGACGUCGUUCGGCACCAUCGGCCUGACGGUGGGGCUGCUGCUGCUGUCGUACGGCUUUGGCGCCUACUUCCAGUUCCUGCCGGGCUCCGAGUCCUCCGCCCUCAUGCUCACCUACGGCUUCCCCACUGCGCUCAUCGGAUUCGCUCUCAAG